AUGCAACUUGUUAUGGGAAUCGAUUCGAUUUGUGUAUACCACAAGGUGAUAGACUUUGAGACGGGAAUCUAUCACUCCGCCAUAACUCUCGAUUUGUUGCAGAUAAGAGAAGCUAUGGCAUCCCUCUUACAACUUCCCGCCGAUGACUCUGUAUUGUUACGUAUAACUCAUUCUAAUCUCAAGACAUUCUCUACAGAUGCUAGAUUCUCACUUGAGAGCACAGUAGAAGCUGUCAAAGACAAAAUAUGGAAAAAAUGUGGCACUUCUGUUGCUUCAAUGCGCCUUGAACUAUAUGAUGACACUGGUGCUAAACUAUCAGACAUAACUGAUAAUACAAGACCUCUUGGCUUCUACUCUCCACUAGAUGGAUUUCGGCUACAUGUUAUAGAUCUUGACCCUUCAUCUGUAACAUCUGGUGGGUGGCUGGAGGAUACUUCAUUGGUGGAAAAGUACAAGAUUUCUGAUGAAGCAUAUGAUAAACUUGAUGGCACAUACAGAAAGUUUAAAGAAAAGCUUGGACCUCGCAGUAGUUCUGUCCAAGAAAAGAUGGGUGAUAAUUAUAUGGAAGAUAUUUUUGCAAAUAUCAAGGUGGGAGAUAGAUGUGAAGUUGACCCAGGGGCAAAAAGGGGAAUUGUGAAAUUUGUGGGUAGGGCAGAUACACUUGCACCUGGUUUUUGGGUUGGAAUCCAAUAUGAUGAACCCUUGGGAAAACACAAUGGCAUAGUGAAAGGGACACGGUUUUUUGACUGUCCACCACUCCAUGGAGCCAUGGUUAGACCAGACAAAGUAAAGGUUGGUGAUUAUCCUGAAAGGGAUCCCUUUGAAGAAGAAGAUGAAAUAUGAGAGAUUUCAGUAUGUAUUUGGUUGUGAAAAAAUCUAUGUAAUGCAUUUAUGAAAUCUUGCAUCUUGCUAUUGAAUUUUAUGGAGUAUUAAUUUUGUUAGAAUCCUAAGAAUGUCCUUUGACUUUUACUUAUGCAAAGCCU